AGUUUGACUACUACUAGCUCGAGUAAAAGAGGAAUCGCUCUGUUUCGAGCAGAUAGAAAUCCCGUGAACGAGAGGAACCGCGGAAGGUGUCUCUUUACUCGUCGAGCUGUGCCGCGCGGUGUAACACGUGCGAUUCUCACGAGCGCCGCGCGAUUCUCUCUGCCAAAUCUGUCCUGCAAGUAACAAAAUUCAUGAGUGCUUAUUUCGUGAAGAAAUUAUGAGUGGCCACACGAAGUGACCAAAAAGGCGCAUGCUUCUUCCUAUUUGCAAAUUUACUUCGACGAAAUUAGAGUUCAUUUCUUUUCGAGGAAACUUUUGGCAACAAAUCAUGACGUUAUUACCACCAACACCAACUCAACAGAAACAUAUAGACAAGCAGCUUCCACCUGACCCGGAAAUGAGAAAACAAGAUAUCAGGGCGAUACGGGAAUGGCUAUCCAAGCAGCCGCAUUUGCCGAAUCACAUGGACAAUGGCAGACUGGAGAGAUUCCUUUACGGCUGCAAAAACAGCGUCGAGAGGUGUAAAUUAAUCUUGGAAAGAUACUUCAGCGUCCGUACAUCUCUGCCGGAGUUCUUUGCCGUUCGUGAUCCACUGUCUCGGGAUAUUCAAGAUUGCUGCGAUGCGAUAAAUAAUCUUCCCUCCACCAGAGACUACUUCGUUCUGCCGUCAUUGAGCGACGAAGGAUAUCGCGUCACCGUAUUACGGGUGCGUGAUACUAACCCGGAGAAGUUUUCCAUUCAAGCGAUAGCCAGACGCAUUUUGAUGGUGCUCGACAUUCGUUUAGCGGAAGAAACUUGCCUGUCAAAUAUCAUGAUCAUAGACCUCCAGGGAUUCCACGCGAUACAUUUUGCAAAAUGCUCUCCUACGCAAUCUAAUGUGCGACGGGCGAUGCUGGCGGUGCAAGACAGUAUGCCUUUCCGAUUAUUUAGCGUUCACUUUCUUCACGCACCGUCGUCCAUCACAAGCAUCCUCAAUAUAUUUUACCCGUUGUUGAAAGAAAAACUCAUUCACAAGUUUCACAUCCACAACGGUGGCGGCGAAGAGUUGUACGCUUAUAUGAACAAGGACAUACUUCCUAACGAAUGGGGCGGCAAAGCGGGCACUUUACGAGAAUUAAACGCUGCAUGGCGAGAAAGAAUUGAGAAGAAUAGAGAUUGGUUUUUGAGGGAGGAGAAACUUAGUCGUGCAGACGAAAGCGCCCGUUUACCAGAUUCGAAACCGCUCAGCCUUCUGAUGGAACUUGAAGGAAUUCAGGGCACAUUCCGAAAAUUAAACAUAGAUUAACGUAAUUUCUUUUUUGCAUAUGAAACAUAUUUCCUAGUGCUAAUGGAUUGUAAAUUUUAUUGGCCUGCAAUCUUCGGAGUCAUCUCAUUUGAUCCGAUUAAAUUGCGGAUUGUGGUUGCAAUAUAUUUAAGAAAUAUAUUAUAUACAUAUACAUUAUAUAAAUAAAUAUUUUUUAUGUGACAAAUAUCAUGUAUAAUUUUUCACAUAGUCUUGAUUUCCUUUGCGUGAUAAAACGAGACACUUGACAGACGUCGAUCCUUGUCGAGAUUAGGCUACUAAUUAAUAAUUCUAUAUUAAUUACCCCAUCAGUUUGUUAUUCGAUCGAACGAGCUGUCGUAGACAAUUUGUGCGCUGCUUCGUGACAUUCGUCUCGAGAUAGCGCCACGUAAUACUUUCGUGCUGAUCAUUGU